GUGAUAUCAGGGAUCAGUGAUCUUGAACAAAUGGAGCAAUUAUAUUGUGUGUACAUCAAAGGCAGGGGGCGGAGGGAUCGUAUAUAAACUCCAGUUAAUUCAAGACUGACAGUCUCUACACGACGGACUUGCGAACUCGCAGCUCUAUUCGACGUCUCUCUCAUCGUUUGCUGCAAGAAACGUGAGGAUUCGAGUUUCCUGUUGGAAUCAUUUCGAAAGAAGAAACAAAAAAUCGAGCAUGAAAUAACAACGAAGUAAGAACCGAAUAAAACGAACGCGAAAAUGGAAAUAAGGCGGAAAAAUGAGGUCGAAAAUGUUUCGGUGCUUUAAUAAUUAGGGAAAAAUAAUAAACACUCGGACGGAUAAAUAUUUGCACAGGGUUGAUGGCUGGGACAAAAGGAAAUGUGAACAACGCUCGCUCCUGCCAUAGCGCAAGGGUCGAGGAUCGUUAAUAAUAAUAAAAGACAAUUCACGUGUAUUUUUGAGUGACAGGCGAGCCAUGGAUCGUUCUCAGGCUCGUUACCAAGUUUCCUUUUCUUCGCGGUCGUACUGAAAUUUUGUUUCGCCCGAACUAUACGAAUAUUUUUCUCCCAUCCUCGUGUUUUUUCUAACAACCUUGGCACCUCCACUGACACGAACUAAAACUCCGGACACCUUAAUUAUUAUACGAAAAAAUAUGCUAUCGAUAAACGCAAAGUUUUUUCGUCCGGUAUUCAAGAGCGUGCACGGCUUCGACUUCAGUUCUCUCUUUGCUUUUGGCUAAGCGCGUAGCUCGGUCGCGUUCAGGAUCAGAGUUCAACAUUUUCCGAAGUUUCUAUCGACAUUUUUCGAUACUUUCAUCACUUUUUCAACUUGGAAAUGACAAUUUUGUAACGAGUUGGGAAAACAGAUUUUUUGUCAUCAAAUGUGAAGUUGAGCAGAGGAACCGAGGAAACGGAAUAAAAAUGAAAUGGACAAACCACAAGAAUCAAUAGAAAGCAGAAUCGAAAAAACGAAUGAGAAAGCUUCGAAUUUCUGGUUUAAACAAUCCUCGCAUCGAAGCUUCGUGACUUUCGACGCGUCGUACGAAGCGGCUAAAUUCGUCGCCUCAAACUUAUCGAACAGCCCAGCUGCGGUCUUCAAAAUCGCGAAAAUGACGACCAGAAUGUUCCUCGGGAAAAGUCGCGGUUUCGUGGACGAUCACGACAGCGAUCGGCCGGCUGAAUCAUCGCUGUACCGGAAGUCUCGACACUCGGAACAUGCCAAGACUAGGUAUUCGGAAUUCGAGACGAAUCAGCAGCCUCACUCUAUCAAAACUCUCCAUCUUCAGAAUCCUUAUAAAGCUCCUCAAAGGUUGGAAGGCUUUGCGUCAAGGAAUUCGAAUUUCAAGGAAUCCCAUCGAUCGAGGGAUUCAAAUUUUCGAUCGAGAAGCAAUAAUCUCGGGAUAAUAAAACGAGAAGUUUCAACGGUCAAAGUUCACGAGCUGGGGGGCGAUAAGAAGAACAGAUCGCAGACAAAGCAGAGGGACAUAUGUCUGUUUUUGAAAAAAUUGCACCUCGCCGAUUUCCUCAAGCAAUAUUGCAGCAACAGCAGCCUUCAUGGGCUGAGAUACAUCGGCGACGUGAGCUUGAGCAUGGUCGAAAAAUUGUUCUGGUUCAUCGCGUUCGUCCUGGCGGUUUUGAGCGCGGGUUAUUUUAUCCAGCAUUUGUACGAGAGAUGGGUCGAGUCACCGAUAAUCAUAUCGAUGAGUCCUGAGCCCAUAGCUUUCGAUCAAUUCCCAUUUCCUUCCGUGACCGUGUGCAACAUGAAUAACGUCAAGAAAACCGAAGCUAUUCGCAUAAACAAGGGGGACAGCAAACUCGAAAAACUCUUGUUGGAAGAUCAGUGCGAUUUUCAUAACACUACGAUCAGCGAAGACGAGUUUGGCUCUGCUGAUUGGAAAAACGUUUUGCACUUCAUGAUCAAUGUUUCGCAGCCUUGUACAGACAUGCUGAGUGUCUGCCAAUGGCACGGGAAUGUAACGGACUGCGAAACGAUAUUCAAUCCUACGAUGACCGACGAAGGGAUUUGCUGCAACUUCAAUUCCGUUCACAAAAAAUAUUUGUUUUUCAAUGCGAGCGAGUGGUCCGAUUUGAACAUCACUUUUCCACGAAAUUCGAUCGACUGGAAUCCUGAGACCGGAUAUCCGGAGUCAACGCCGCCUGACGCUUUGCCUUGGAGACCUUACGGCGCCGGAAAAUAUUUCGGCCUGACCCUCGUCCUCGAUUCUGACCUCAAAGAAUACUAUUGCUCCUCCACCGCGAGUGUUGGAUUCAAAAUGUUCCUUCACAAUCCUGUAGAGACACCAAAGAUCGCCGAUUUCGCAUUCUCUCUGAGCCCUGGUCGAGAAACGAGAAUAAUAAUAAAGCCACAAAUCGCGACUGCCAGCUGGUCCAUUUUAAGAGUACCGAAGAAAAAACGAAAAUGUUUUUUCACCUCGGAACGAACGCUGCGAUAUUAUCGAACGUACACGCAGAAAAAUUGCUUGCUCGAGUGCGAAGCUAAUUUCACUCAAAAAAUUUGCAAAUGUGUGCAGUACUACAUGCCCAAAUCGUCGAAUACACCGAUUUGUGGAAAGAAAGAUGAUCUUUGUGCAACAACGGCCAGACGUGCUAUGGAGCAAAAUCUUUAUGACGAAGAAAUCGCAGUCAAUCAGAUUAACAUCACGGAAACCCCGAGUUGCAGUUGUUGGCCCGGUUGUUUUGAAAUGAAUUACGAAAUUGGCAUGUCCUCAACACAAUUAGCUACAAAUAUUGAGAUCGACGAAACCUACGUAAAAAAGAGCCAAGAAUACUUUGCAGAAAAUAUGGCAGUGGUUCAUCUCUUCUUCGUGGAUUCGCAAUUCCCAAAUUACGUCAAAAGUGAAUUAUUUGGUUUCAUUGAAUUCUUGUCAAGCAUCGGUGGACUUCUGGGCCUUUUCAUGGGAUUUAGUUUCCUCUCGCUUGCAGAAAUAGUAUAUUUCGUAACUUUGAGAGUGUAUUGUAAGCGUCAUGGAAACCACGAGAAAUCCUCUAACAGUGUUGAGCCUACAAAAUCUAACAGAAAAAUCAUUUAUCCUUUUGCUCAGUAAUGUUAUUCAAUUGUUUGCACGUUUGAGAAGUUUUACUGCAAAAUACAAUGGAAAAUUCAAUCAUUAGAAAUUAUACCCAGCUAAGCUGAUAUGCUAUUCAUUGAUUGGUGAAAAGUAAAUGUGAAACAAUCAUACAACA